AUGGCCAAUAAGAGACGUCCCAAGAAGAUCAAAGCCCCUUACCGUAAGUAUGUUGCCGGCCAAGGUUUCGUGCAUACAAGAGGCUUUACCAGCGCUUCAGAUGCUGUUGAGAGCAUAAGUCGUGGGAACGGUGACAUCGUAGAAACUCCUCAGGGCUCCUUUUACUACGAUUUGGACACGGAAUCCAUUGUUCAACUCGAAGUGGCUCCGCAGCUGCCGUCACAAGAAAACAAUCAAACGAACGCAGACGGAAAGUACACUGGUGACACUGUCCUUCCUUGGGAAAUUUUUGACCGCAUGUUGAGAUUCUGCGACAAGAUCGAGCCGCAAUUCUUGCUGGUAUGCCGUCGCUGGUACUACAUAUGUGUACCUCUGCUAUAUGCCUCGCCAAAGCUUCAAAGCCGCAACUUUAGUCAAUUCGUCGACGCAGUUAUCAACAAUCGCAAGAAGCGCUUAGGAGAAAACGUUUUGGACUUGGACCUGUCGCACAUUAUCCAGAGUGGUAAAAACUCAUAUGUAUCUAAGCUGCUGCGACGGUGCAGUCCCAAGAUGAGGUGUUUUACUGCUCCGCAAACUAGUUUUGGUUAUGCUCCAUUAAUCAGCUUAAAAUCGUGCCGACAAUUACAAUAUCUUGAUUUGGGGCUGGUCUCUGAAACAGUACAGCUGGGUGAGCUUUUUAGCGCAAUUAAAGAGUUCGCGUGCUUGACGCACUUGUCCUUUCCUCGGAGCUCUAUAGAUUGUGCGGGAUUUCGUGAUUUCGAAUGGCCACCUAAUCUGCGAUAUCUGAAACUAAGUGGAGGAAUAACAAACGAGUUUGUGAUGGAGAGCAAGUUUCCUCGUACGAUUAGGACUUUGGAAUUCUCCUUCUGUCCCCAGAUUAACGAACAUUCUGUGUACAUGGUUUUGGCAAGAAUUGGGGACUUUUUAAAACACUUAUACUUCCAUUACCCCAUGCCAACACUUCACGAAAGUUCGCUAGAUUUUGUUUUUCGAUAUUGCUCGAAUUUGAUAACACUACAAUUGACAGUUGAUUACUGCUCAAAAUGGGCUUUCUCGGAGAAUAUGCUGACACCUUUACCAACUCCGCGCCCGCUACGCACGCUUCUGCUUGAAUGUAGCGGCAAUUUGGGUCAGUCAUUCAAAGUUCAUCCAGAUGAUAUUACGAUCGCUCUUGCGGAAGAAAGACUGCCAAAUCUGAACACUGUGAGAGUAUCUUCGAAACUUGGUUGGGAUAUGAAGGGCUCUGAUGUGGGGGAUCUUAUAUCUUGUUUGGAAGAUCAGGAUGGCAGCUUGUACAUAAAUUAUUAA